UGUACAUAAAACAAAAGCCGUUUAAAUCAUAAACACAAAAUGCAAUUAGCCAGCGAGCGCACGCCACGAAAGUCAACAAACUAACUAAGCCAGUGUCAUCAACUAAAUUAGUGCAAGCAGCAAGCAGCCAGCCGACCGGAACCGGAAAUGCCCAUUGAGCCGCCUGACAACAGACACGAACACAAUCACAAUCGCAAUCGCAGUCACCAGCACCAUUGCAUUGGCAACGGCCAUAAGGACGAGCAACAAAUCGCCCACACACACAUGUAGUUGCAGCGCGAGUGCGUCAGUGUGUGCGGGCUCUGAAAACCGGAAGCGGAAGUCGGGGAGCAGCAAGAGGAUUAACCGGAGAAGGAGGAGCAGGAGCAGCAGUUAGCUUAGCCAGUUUUUCAUUCGCCCGCAGUUCGUUAAGGAAAAUCAUUCAAAAUUCAUCGCCUAAGCAAAGCGGAUGCCGCACAAGAAAGAGAAAGAGAGAGAGAGACAGAGAGAGAAAGUGGCGAAUAGAUCAAUCAAUUAAUCAAUCAAAACCGAGCAUAUCAACCGAGAGGCCAAUACCAACCAGAGAACCGCAAUCAAAGUUCAACGUUGCAUUUAAGGUUGCACCCGGUAGCCCAGUUCAACUCCAACUGCAAGCUCCGGUUCCACGUACCACAUUCCACUUGCACCCCGUGUGUGAUUGCAUGCCGCGGAUGAGCCGCGGAUUAUGUCACGUGACGAAUAUAAUCCAGUAACUAGCUCUGGUGUGCGCAGUCCGGGUCGCGUGCGGCGUCUCCAGGAAUUGCCGACGGUCGAUCGAUCCCCAUCCCGGGACUACGGAGCGCCACGCGGAAGUCCUCUAGCAAUGGGCAGUCCAUACUACCGCGACAUGGAUGAGCCAACCAGUCCGGCCGGAGCGGGUCACCAUCGCAGCCGGAGCGCCAGCAGACCACCGAUGGCCCAUGCCAUGGACUAUCCAAGAACCCGCUACCAAUCGCUGGAUCGCGGCGGACUCGUUGAUCCCCACGAUCGCGAGUUCAUACCCAUUCGGGAGCCCCGCGACCGCUCCAGGGACAGAUCCCUCGAACGGGGCCUGUACCUAGAGGACGAGCUCUAUGGCAGAUCAGCGCGCCAGAGUCCCAGCGCCAUGGGAGGAUACAAUACGGGCAUGGGGCCCACAUCGGAUCGAGCUUAUUUGGGCGACCUGCAGCACCAGAACACCGACCUGCAGCGGGAGCUGGGGAACCUCAAGCGGGAACUGGAGCUGACCAACCAGAAGCUGGGCAGCUCGAUGCACAGCAUCAAGACCUUCUGGUCGCCGGAGCUCAAGAAGGAGCGGGCACUGCGCAAGGAGGAGAGCGCCAAGUACAGUCUGAUCAACGAUCAGUUGAAGCUGCUCAGCACGGAGAACCAGAAACAAGCCAUGCUGGUGCGCCAGCUGGAGGAGGAGCUGCGCCUGCGGAUGCGACAGCCCAACUUGGAGAUGCAGCAGCAGAUGGAGGCGAUCUACGCGGAGAACGACCACUUGCAGCGGGAGAUCAGCAUCCUGCGCGAGACGAUCAAGGAUCUCGAGUGCCGGGUGGAGACCCAGAAGCAAACACUGAUUGCCCGCGACGAGAGCAUCAAGAAGCUGCUGGAAAUGCUGCAGGCCAAGGGAAUGGGCAAAGAGGAGGAGCGCCAGAUGUUCCAGCAGAUGCAGGCCAUGGCCCAGAAGCAGAUGUACAAUAACUACACGGGCGCCAGCGGAAGCAGUCCUCCAUUGCCGGACAUUAUUGGCCAGUACUACGGGCCGGGAAGUCUGGGUCCCGGCCCCCUGUCCUACGGCUCGGGCAAUGGUUACGGCCCGCCCGGCUACGAUUUGUACGGCCCCUCGACCUCGACGGCAGCUGGUGGAUACGGACUGUACGAUCCCCAGAUCUACGGACCGUGCCAGCAAACCUCGCCUAUCCGGAGAAGGCGCUACAGCAUUGCCGGCCUGCCCUCGGCCACCAUGUACAAUGAUGUCUACGGCUAUCCGGCACCUCCGCUCCAGCAGACCAGCUCCUCGAACAUUGUGAAUCUGUUGAACGAGGCACACAAGUCGAUAUCGCGCAGCUCGCAGAUCCUGAAUCUCACAAAUCAGGCCCGUCAAUUGGGUCAGCUGGUGACCACCCCACUGGGUGGAGGCGGAGUGGGCAUGGGCCUUGGUCGAGUGGUGUCCAGUUACCCCACCCUGCAUCCGGGGGACACCUCGCCGCCGUACCUCAACGAUAACCUCAUGCAGAUGUCCACGAGCUUCUCCUCGCAGCCCAACAUGUACUUCCAGCCGCAGGCGCAGGUGCUGCCCACCCAGCUGACGGCGGCCCAGAGUGCCGCUGCAGCGGCUGCCCGACUGCGUCCGGCGUACUCCGUAACGAACCUGGUGUCCAGCUACCCGACGACGACCGCGGCGGGCUAUGGCUGCAAGUACGGGGGCUACGGGAAUCCGUACCAGACCGAUCUGGGCUACGGCAAUCCCCUGGCCCCCUUCCAGCAGCGCCAGCUGAUGGCCCACCAGUCGCUGCACGCCUCCAAUCCCGCCAUUUCGCAGUACUACCAGAACCAGGCAGGCGCAUCCGGAACGGGAGCCUCGGCGGCCGCCCUGGCCUACAACCUGCAGCAGCAGUUCGCGGGAACGCAACACUACGGCGGCGGAUCCCAAGGACCGCCGCUGGGACACUCGCACAUCCAGGCGUCGGUGCAGCAGCAGAUGCAUCCGCAGUACCAGUACCAUGUGCACCAGCACCAGAACCAUCUGCAGACACAUCCGCUGGCGGCGCUGGCCAACACGAGCGGUCCGUUCGGAGGAACGCUGGCCAGCAGUGCCAGGGACUAUGUGGAUGGACUGCAUCAUGCGGCCCACUCCCAUACGCAUCCGCAUACGCAUCCGCAUUCGCAUCCGCACCACUCCUCGCAUCACUCGCAUCACACGGCAUACCCGCACUCGCAUUCGCACCAUCAGCAGCAGCAGCCGCAUCAAGCCCACCAUCACCACCAUCUGCCAUACUCGAAACUAGACUUAGAUUACCCGAAACUGCCGCAAGAGCAUAAGCGACAACUGGACGAAUUCCGUCUUGAAAUACAGAGAAGGGAUCAAGAGAUCCUGGCGAUGGCGGCCAAAAUGAAAACCCUCGAGGAGCAGCACCAGGACUACCAGCGGCACAUAGCGGUGCUCAAGGAGUCGCUAUGUGCCAAAGAGGAGCACUACAACAUGCUGCAGACGGACGUCGAGGAGAUGCGCGCCCGCCUCGAGGAGAAGAACCGCCUCAUCGAGAAGAAGACCCAGGGCACCCUGCAGACGGUCCAGGAGCGCAACCGCCUCACCAGCGAGCUCACCGAGAUCAAGGACCACAUGGACAUCAAGGACCGCAAGAUCAGCGUGCUGCAGCGCAAGAUUGAAAACCUGGAGGAUCUGCUGAAGGAGAAGGACAACCAGGUGGAUAUGGCGCGGGCCCGUUUGUCGGCCAUGCAGGCGCACCACAGCAGCUCCGAGGGCGCCUUAACCAGCCUGGAGGAGGCCAUCGGCGACAAGGAGAAGCAGAUGGCCCAGCUGCGGGAUCAGCGGGAUCGCGCAGAGCACGAGAAGCAGGAGGAGCGGGAUCUUCACGAGCGCGAGGUGGCCGACUACAAGAUCAAGCUGCGGGCCGCCGAGAGCGAGGUGGAGAAGCUGCAGACGCGCCUGGAGCGGGCGGUCACCGAGCGGGAGCGGCUGGAGAUCAAGCUGGAGGCCUCGCAGAGCGAACUGGGCAAGUCGAAGGCUGAGCUGGAGAAGGCCACCUGCGAAAUGGGCAGGAGCAGCGCCGACUGGGAGUCCACCAAGCAGAGGAUCGCCCGCCUGGAGCUGGAGAAUGAGCGGCUGAAACACGAUCUGGAGCGUUCGCAGAAUGUACAAAAGUUAAUGUUCGAAACGGGCAAGAUAUCGACAACCUUUGGCAGGACCACGAUGACCACGUCCCAGGAACUGGAUCGAGCCCAGGAGCGGGCCGACAAGGCCUCAGCCGAGCUGCGACGCACCCAGGCCGAGCUGAGAGUCACACAGUCGGAUGCGGAAAGAGCACGCGAGGAGGCGGCCGCCCUGCAGGAGAAGCUGGAGAAGAGCCAGGGCGAGGUGUACCGACUCAAGGCCAAGCUGGAGAACGCCCAGGGUGAGCAGGAGAGUCUGCGCCAGGAGCUGGAGAAGGCGCAGAGCGGCGUCUCUCGCAUCCACGCCGACCGCGAUCGGGCCUUCUCCGAGGUGGAAAAGAUCAAGGAGGAGAUGGAGCGCACCCAGGCCACGUUGGGCAAGUCGCAGCUGCAGCACGAGAAGCUGCAAAACUCGCUGGACAAGGCCCAGAACGAGGUCGAUCAUCUGCAGGAUAAGCUGGACAAGGCCAGCACGGAGAACCGCCGCCUGGUGCUCGAGAAGGAGAAGCUCACCUACGACUACGACAACCUGCAGUCGCAGCUGGACAAGGCCUUGGGCCAGGCCGCCAGGAUGCAGAAGGAGCGCGAGACCCUCUCCUUGGACACGGAUCGCAUUCGCGAGAAGCUGGAGAAGACGCAGGUGCAACUGGGUCGCAUCCAGAAGGAGCGGGAUCAAUUCUCCGACGAGCUGGAGACGCUCAAGGAGCGCUCGGAAUCGGCACAGACCCUCCUCAUGAAGGCCGCCCGCGACCGGGAGGCGAUGCAAACGGAUCUGGAGGUCCUCAAGGAGCGCUACGAGAAGUCGCACGCCAUCCAGCAGAAACUCCAGAUGGAGCGCGACGAUGCGGUCACCGAAGUCGAGAUCCUCAAGGAGAAACUGGACAAGGCGCUGUACGCCAGCCAGAAGCUGAUCGACGAGAAGGACACCUCCAACAAGGAGUUUGAAAAGAUGCUGGAGAAGUACGACCGGGCCCAGAACGAGAUCUAUCGCCUUCAGUCCCGCUGCGAUACGGCAGAGGCGGACAGAGCCCGCCUGGAGGUGGAGGCGGAGCGAUCUGGCCUGGCUGCCAGCAAGGCUCGCGAGGAUCUGCGCAAGCUGCAGGACGAGAGCACCCGGCUGCAGGAGGCCUGCGAUCGGGCGGCGCUCCAGUUGAGCCGCGCCAAGGAGUGCGAGGACAAUGCGCGCAGCGAGCUGGAGCACAGUCGCGAUCGCUUCGACAAGCUGCAAACGGACAUUCGGCGGGCCCAGGGCGAGAAGGAGCACUUCCAGUCCGAGCUGGAGAGGGUCACCUACGAACUGGAGCGGGCACAUGCCGCCCAAACCAAGGCGGGCGCCAGCGUGGAGGCGGCCAAGGAGGAGGCGGCCCACUAUGCCGUGGAGCUUGAGAAAAUGCGCGACCGCUACGAGAAGAGCCAGGUGGAGCUGCGCAAACUCCAGGACACAGACACCUUUGGCCGGGAGACGCGCCGCCUCAAGGAGGAGAACGAGCGGCUGCGCGAGAAGCUGGACAAGACGCUCAUGGAACUGGAGACCAUCCGGGGCAAGUCGCAGUACGAGUCGGAGUCCUUCGAGAAGUACAAGGACAAGUACGAGAAGAUCGAGAUGGAGGUGCAGAACAUGGAGUCGAAGCUGCACGAGACCAGCCUGCAGCUGGAGCUAUCGAAGGGCGAGGUGGCCAAGAUGCUGGCCAACCAGGACAAGCAGCGAUCCGAGCUGGAACGGGCGCACAUCGAGCGGGAGAAGGCCCGGGACAAGCAUGAGAAGCUACUGAAGGAGGUCGAUCGUUUGCGCCUGCAACAGUCCUCGGUGAGCCCCGGCGAUCCGGUCCGAGCGUCGACGUCCUCCUCUUCCGCUCUGUCCGCUGGCGAGCGGCAGGAGAUCGACCGCCUGCGGGAUCGCCUUGAGAAGGCGCUGCAGUCGCGUGACGCCACCGAGCUGGAGGCCGGUCGCUUGGCCAAGGAACUGGAGAAGGCGCAAAUGCAUCUGGCCAAGCAGCAGGAGAACACCGAGUCCACGCGCAUCGAGUUCGAGCGCAUGGGCGCUGAGCUGGGUCGCCUUCACGAUCGCCUCGAGAAGGCCGAGGCUGAGCGGGAGGCACUGCGUCAAGCGAGCCGGAGCGGCGGAGCAGGCGCUGCCCCCCAUCCGCAGCUGGAGAAGCACGUCCAGAAGCUGGAGUCAGACGUCAAGCAGCUGGCCAUGGAGCGGGAGCAGCUGGUCCUGCAACUGGAGAAGAGCCAGGAGAUCCUCAUGAACUUCCAGAAGGAGCUCCAGAACGCAGAGGCGGAGUUGCAGAAGACGCGCGAGGAGAACCGCAAGCUGCGCAACGGUCACCAACUGCCGCCUGCCGCCGCUCCACCCGCCGGAGCCUCUCCCGCCGAGAUCCAGGCCAUGCAGAAGGAGAUCCAGACCCUCCAGCAGAAGCUCCAGGAGUCGGAGCGCGCCCUGCAGGCCGCCGGUCCCCAGCAGGCCCAGGCUGCCGCGGCGGCGGGCGCGAGUCGCGAGGAGAUCGAGCAAUGGCGCAAGGUCAUCGAGCAGGAGAAGGGUCGUGCCGACAUGGCCGACAAGGCUGCCCAGGAGAUGCACAAGCGCAUUCAGCUUAUGGACCAACACAUCAAGGAUCAGCACGCCCAGAUGCAAAAGAUGCAGCAGCAGAUGCAACAGCAGCAGCAGGCGGCGCAACAAGCGGCGCAGCAGGCGGCGCAGCAGCAGCAGUCCGCAGCAAGUGCCGGCGGAGCGGACGCCAAAGAGUUGGAGAAGGUCAGGGGCGAACUGCAGGCGGCGUGCACCGAGCGGGAUCGCUUCCAGCAGCAGCUGGAGCUCCUGGUCACGGAGCUGGAGAAGAGCAAGAUGUCCAACCAGGAGCAGACAAAACAGCUCCAAACGGCGCAGCAGCAAGUGCAGCAACUGCAGCAGCAGGUGCAACAGCUGCAGCAGCAGAUGCAACAACUGCAGCAGGCUGCCAGUGCGGGAGCAGGCGCCACCGACGUGCAGCGCCAGCAGCUGGAGCAGCAGCAGAAGCAGCUGGAGGAGGUGCGCAAGCAGAUCGACAACCAGGCCAAGGCCACCGAGGGCGAGCGCAAGAUCAUCGACGAGCAGCGCAAGCAGAUCGACGCCAAGCGCAAGGACAUCGAGGACAAGGAGAAGAAGAUGGCCGAGUUCGACGUCCAGCUGCGCAAGCGCAAGGAGCAGAUGGACCAGCUGGAGAAGUCCCUCCAGACGCAAGGAGGCGGAGCGGCGGCCGCCGGCGAGCUGAACAAGAAGCUCAUGGACACGCAGCGGCAGCUGGAAGCAUGCGUCAAGGAGCUUCAGAAUACAAAGGAGGAGCACAAGAAGGCGGCAACCGAAACGGAGCGUUUGCUGCAAUUGGUACAAAUGUCGCAGGAGGAGCAGAACGCCAAGGAGAAGACCAUCAUGGAUUUGCAACAAGCCUUAAAGAUCGCUCAAGCCAAAGUCAAACAAGCACAAACGCAGCAGCAGCAACAGCAGGAUGCUGGGCCAGCUGGCUUCUUGAAGAGCUUUUUCUAAACAGUGCCCUCGCGAAGCCACAGACACACACAUCUAGUGAUGCAGAUGAGGCAAAAGGAUUUUACCCGUACUACUUACCCAAAGCGAUAAUGGAAAACCAAAAACAGCAAGAAGUUACCAAAAGCACUGUCUACUAUUUUGU